UAAAUUUAGAAAAAAAAUUUUGUCAAAAAUAAAAAGUAAUUACAUUCAUUUUUUUUUAAAAGAAAAUACCUUUUUUUUUUUUGGUUUCUCUUUCUUGUUAACGAAUCUAUGGCCAGUUUCUUCUUCUUCUUCAAGAAUUGAUGGAAUGCACAUUUUCCACUCUCCAUGAUUUGUUCAUAUUAUUUACAAGAGUAAUUUUGUGUCAGUCUGCAGAUUGUAACCUUAGUGUUAAUCUUUCUCUCUUGCAUUGCAUUUCUGAAUUUUGAACUCCUUUGUUUGAGAUUUCCUUUCAUUGGACUCGAUUUUAGCCAUCUCUUAUUCUCAGCAUCACCACAAGAGAUAUUCUACUAGCCGUUAACAAUGGGAAAGCGCAAUUCUCAUCGGAAAAAGGGAGCAGCUAUGCUGGAUAUGGAGGACGACGACGACAAUAGUAGUGUAAGUUCUUCGAUGACUAUUCGUUCUGAUCGUUUUUCAGUGAUGGAGAUCGAAGAAGAAGUGGAAUUUGAUGAUGAUAGUUUACUCAACGAAGCUCUUGAUGCUUUGUAUGAGAAGAGGGGUUCCACUAGAGAAAAUGCUCUGUCCUCAAUUAUUGUAGCUUUCAAUAACAGUUUGCAUCAUCAGUUUAUGGAAAAGAAUUUCGUUACUUUACUGCAUCAAUGUUUGAAUUCCUUUAAACGAGGAUCUACCAAGGAGACAUGUUUGGCAUCCCAUAUGAUUGGGUUGUUGGCUUUGAGUGUUGGUUUUGGAGAUAAUGCAGGUGAAAUACUGGAAGAAUCAAUGUCUCCAUUGACACAGGCUCUUAACAAGUCUGCUUCCGAAACUGUAAAGAUAGCAUUACUCAAGUGUUUGGCGAUCAUCACUUUUGUUGGUGGGAGCGAGCCAGAGCAGACAGAGCGAUCGAUGCAACUUAUGUGGCAAGUGGUUCAUCCAAAAUUGAAGGCCAAUAAUGUACAACUUGACACCAAAACCUCAGGAGCUACACUAAGUGCUAUGGUAGGUGCAUGGUCUUUGCUUGUUACAACUAUAGAUGUUGGAUGGAAUAAGGUUAAUAAUUCGAAAGAUUGGGAAGAGUCACUAAUUUAUUUAUCUAGUCUCCUUGACAAGGAAGAUAGGAUUGUUAGGAUUGCUGCUGGUGAAGCACUGGCUUUAAUUUUUGAGAUUGGAGGAAGUUAUGGAACAAGUCAACAAGGAUUGAAGGCGAAAAUCAUGAAUCGAGUAAGAAGCCUUUCAGCAGAGGCAGGGGGGAAAGGGUGUGCUAAUAAGAAAGAUCUUACUAAUCAGAGGAAUCGGUUUCAUGAAAUAGUGGAGUAUUUUGAGAAUGGCUCUUGCCCUGAAGUUUCUGUGAAAAUUGGUGGUGAUUCUCUAUUGCAGACAUCUACAUGGUCUGAACUAAUACAACUGAAUUUUGUGAAGCAUUUUCUUGGGGAAGGAUUUGUGAAACACAUGCAGGAAAAUGAAUUCCUUCAUGAAGUUUUCGGGUUUACUCCUCCUAAGAAAUAUGAACAUCGUUUAUCAAGCAGUGAAAAGAGGAUGUUCAAGUCGCCGAAUUCAGCUCUCAACAAAGCGAGGACUCGACACCUUAACAAACAACGGAUGUUAUCUGAGGGAAAAAAGAUUGGCCAUUUUUCAGUUAGCUGUGGUGAUGAGGAGGAAGCAUAGUGUUCUUCUUCAUAUACUUUUUUUUUAAAAAAAAAUGGAACAUUGAUUAGUUAGGAGUUUAGACCCCCAUUUGGGUCAGAUGUUGAAACACAAUACAACAUGAGUUUAAUUUUUUAAGCAAUGAUAACUUCAUUGAAACAAUGAUUCAAUUUAAUCAUUUACCAAUUGAUGAAAUAAAAUGGGCAUUGACUC